AACAAAACGAACAAAUCGUUUUUCACUUUAAAAUGUUCUUCUUUCUUUUGCAGAUGAAAUAAAUGACCCACGAAAAGAAAUUGUUCCCCUUUUCGUUUGAGCUUUUAUUGUUCUAAUGAAAAAGGUAAAAAAAAAGGACGAUGAUUAAUGGGUAGGGGAGCAGAGCACUGAUGACGGUGCAGGCAUUUUGGUUAAAGAAUAAAGAUGUCACGUUUUUAUUUGUUGAACAGAACAAUGAAGAGACAUUUUAGACCGAAGGAUUGUGUUCAUCUUUUAGCUAAAAAAUAUCUAUAAAUUAAAAAACGCUGGAGAAGAUUGGAAGACAUUGAAAAAAAAUUGAAUGGCCGUGAAAGGUGUUUGGCAGAGGGAGGUUGGCCAGCUCUCUGGUCGGAGUUUCGCCCACCGACUUGGUGCCUCCGAGGAUCUUGUUCUUAGAUUAGACGUGUAUAAGAGGCUUGAAAAGCAUAUAGGAUGUGUGAACACGGUAAGCUUCAAUGAAACUGGUGACAUUUUAGUGUCAAGCUCCGAUGAUAGGCGGGUUAUUCUCUGGAAUUGGGAAAGUGGGGAAUUAAAGCUUUCGUUCCAAUCAGAUCAUAGCAACAAUAUUUUCCAAGCAAAAUUUAUGCCAUAUACAAGUGAUCGAAGCAUUGUCACUUGUGGUGCUGAUGGGGAGGUGAGACAUGCUCAGAUCUCAGAGAGUGGGCAAGUGGUUUCUUCCAUGCUUGCCCAACAUCAGGGGCGAGCUCAUAAGUUAGCUAUUGAGUAUGGGAACCCUCGUAUCUUUUAUUCAUGUGGUGAAGAUGGUCUAGUGCAACGUUAUGAUCUACGAACCGGAGGGGCCACUGAACUUUUCACAUGCCGACCAACUGAUAGUAGGAGGUACUUGCAAGUCAUACAUUUGAAUGCAAUUGCAAUUGAUCCGAGAAACCCAAAUAUUUUUGCAGUUGGAGGUUCUGAUGAGUAUACUCGACUUUAUGAUAUUCGAAAGUAUAAGUGGGAUGGAUCAUCUGAUUUUGGUGAACCAGUAAACUACUUUUGUCCUCCACAAUUGAUUGAUGAUGAGCUAGUUGGAAUUACAGGUUUGGCCUUCUCUGAACAAAGCGAGCUUCUUGUCUCAUACAAUGAUGAGAACAUCUAUCUCUUUACACGAGAAAUGGGUUUGGUAAAUAGGUCAAUCCCUUCCUCUUCAGAGUCUACGAGCAUUUAUUCUAGUGAAAGUGAGGCAAAUGAAAUGGGGGUUGACUGUUGGUCUACAACAUCUUCUUCAGCUACAGACACUGAUGAAAAGGCUGUUCCACAAGCUUACAGAGGGCAUAAGAAUUGUGAGACAGUGAAGGGUGUGAAUUUCUUUGGACCUAACUGUGAUUAUGUUGUGAGCGGAUCUGACUGUGGCAGAAUAUUCAUUUGGAAGAAGAAGGAUGGGAAGCUUAUUCGAGUCAUGGAAGCAGACCAGUAUAUAGUAAAUUGCAUUGAAUCUCAUCCUCAUACAAUGGUUCUUGCAAGCAGUGGAAUUGACCAUGAUGUAAAGAUCUGGACACCAAAGGCUUUGGAGAGAGCUGAAUUGCCAACGAAUGUACAGCGGAGACAGACACGUAGGAGUUUGGCAUCCAUCUCUUCACAUCAUAAUCUGCAGUUGCGAGUGAAUUUAAGACAAAGGCAGAGAGAUCAUCUUAAGAAAGAGGUGAAAUUCAGGUAUCGUCAAAUUUUAAGGCGAAUAAUAAAUGACGAGUGCAACUCCAUAUGAUGAUGUUGACUUGUUUAGUUGGAAGACUCACCCAUCCAACAUAACAUUAGGCUUAGCUAGUAAUUGUGUAGAAUUUUAUGAUUACUUUGUAGUUCUCGCUACUUUUUCGUAUUAGGGGUCCAAUUAUUAUCUAUAUUAUGUUAAGUUAUUUA